UCCGCGGGACGCUAAAUCUGCCGUUCCCGUGUGCCCUAGUUCCCCCCCUCUCGCCGCGGGUCGCCUUGAGUGUCGCAGCCAUUUAGUCCUGGCUUAACGGCUCGACCUGACAGGUUCGACAACUCCAACAUUCGCCGCAAAUUACUCGAGUUAUUGCACCUGCAACUGGAGAGGAUAUUUGUCUCAGUUUAGAGUAAAUUAGAGGUCCAUUUCAAGUUGGGAUCAACUUUUCAUUUCUUGUUGUGAUUACGUUCAGAGGCACAUGUCUCGACAUCAUCACACAAUGGAUUAACUAGAGAUUAGUAAGACAGUAAAUCCGACAGAUUAUCUAACCCAAGACAGCUGGGACUGUCUCUGUCGACAGACAAGCCUGUCAGGUCACGUGUUUAGGUCACGUGUUGAGGUCACGUGAGCGAGAUGAAGUUCCGCACGUGCCUGUCCAUCCUGUUGGCCAACCUGGCCCUGGUGGCCUACAUCUACCGGCCCUGGCCACUGAGUGGCCUGAUGGCCCUCACCUCACCGCUGGUCUUCUACGUCACGCUGCUGGUGGCCGCGUGUGUCCUGCUGUGGUCCACGGUGCCCAAGGUCAGGGUCGACCCUACCGGCAAGGCCGUGUUCAUCACAGGCUGUGACUCGGGAUUUGGCCGAGAACUGGCCGAACGUCUGGACAGGAUCGGGUAUCACGUGUUCGCUGGCUGUCUCGCGCCCGACCGAGAGGGCGCGCGCUCCCUGAAGGAGUCGACGUCAGAUCGUCUGCACAUCGUCAAGGUUGACGUCACUGACGACUUCCAGGUGGAGCAGGCGGUCAAGUAUGUCAAGGACAACAUCGGGGUCAAUGAGCUGUGGGCAGUGGUCAACAAUGCAGGCGUGGCCGUGUUCUGUGAGAUCGAGUGGUGCGCCGUGCAGGAGUUCCAGAAGAUCAUGGACGUCAACGUCUUCGGCAUCGUCCGCGUCACCAAGGGUUUCUUGCCCCUGCUGCGUCAGUCGGAGGGUCGCGUCAUCAACGUGGCCAGUCUAGCAGGUCGCUUCACCCUGCCUGCCUUCGCCGCCUACUCCAUGUCCAAAAAAGCCUGUAUUGCCUUCUCAGACGCCCUCCGGCAAGAGAUGAAGAAGUUCAACAUUUCCGUCAUCACCAUCGAACCGGGCUUGUACAAGACGCCGAUCACCCUGGAGAAUGUCCUGAUUGACCACAACCGGAAGUCCUGGGCCGAGACCCCCACAGAUGUGCGAGCUGACUACGGUGAGGAGUACUUCGACGCCUUCCUCAAACAGGUCACCCUCAGUCUAAGACAGGCCCGCCCCAACGUACAGGAGGUGGUUGACAACAUGGUUGAGGCGGUGUGUGCUGAGCACCCCAGCUACCGCUACGUGCCGUACUGGAAGUACAGACUCCGUGCCUUCGUCAUCAGCAACCUGCCGGUCACGUGGUCAGACAAGCUGUUUGCUGCCAGGUUCCCUGUCAUCCAACCCGAGUCAAGAAAAAACAGGAGCCCCAAAACACCACGCACACCCCUCCCUGGGGAGUUCAACUUCAAGCUUCCAAAUUUUACAAGAGAUAAGAAAUCUUAAAGAGUUGGAACAACGGCAUAGGGUACAGUUGUAGGGUACAGUUGUAGGGUACAGUCACAGGGUAGUUGUAGUUACAGGUGUAGGGUAGUUACAGUGUACAGUUGUAGGGUACAGUUGUAGGG